GAACAAUAUAUUCCAAGAUCAUGUAUGUUACAGAAUUUUAUUGCUUCUGGAUCGUUUUAUUUCUGUCUUUAUGGGAAUCUUCGCUUGGCCAGGUUGUCUAUUCCGUCUCCGAGGAGGUAAAUAAAGGAUCUGUGAUCGGGAAUAUAGCAAAAGACCUGAAGAUCAGUGCUCAGGAACUAGAAUCACAUAUGUUUCAGAUUAUGCCUGGAUCAAAUGCAAAGUAUUUUGAUGUAAAUGUAAAAACGGGCUCGCUGUUUGUCAAAGACCGGAUUGAUCGUGAGGAGUUGUGUGGCAAUAAUCAGAAAUGUGCGUUGAAUUUAGAGGCUCUUGCUCAGAAUCCUCACAGACUUUACCGUCUUGAAAUUAUAAUUGUGGAUGUGAACGACAAUGCUCCUUUUUUUCCGGACAGCAAUCAUAUUGUGAAUGUAACAGAGGAUGCAAAUAUUGGGGACAGAUUACCUUUGCCAAAUGCUAAAGACUCAGAUGUCGGCAGUAAUUCUCUAAAGGACUACAAACUCAGUUCAAAUGAGUAUUUUUCGUUAGAUGUUCAUAGCGGGCAAAAGAGUUUAUCUGCUGAAUUAGUGCUACAGAAAGCUUUAGACAGAGAGAAACAAGCUGUUAUUCACCUAAUACUCACCGCUAUUGACGGAGGAAAACCUCCUAAAUCUGGAACAUUGAAUAUUGUUGUUGACGUCAUGGAUGUAAAUGAUAAUAAGCCUAUUUUCACCAAACCUUUAUACAAAGUUAAAGUGAAGGAAAACGCAUCAAUUGGAACCAAAAUAAUGCCGGUUUCUGCCAGUGAUUUAGAUGAGGGCAUCAAUAGUGAAAUACAGUAUUCAUUUCAUGGACAUACCGAUGAAAUGAACUUGUUUAUCAUAAAUUCUAGCUCAGGAGAAAUUGUUGUUCAAGGUCAAGUUGAUUACGAGGAACACCCUGCAAUUGAACUGCGCGUUCAGGCGAGAGAUAAAGGCGUUCCUCCUAAAAGUACACACUGUAAAGUUUUAAUAGAAGUUGUGGAUGAAAAUGACAACGCGCCAGAAAUAGUUAUGACACCUCUGUUGGAAAUUGUGAAAGAAGAUACAAAACCGGGAACUGCAGUUGCUUUAGUCGCAGUGUCUGAUAAAGAUGGAGGUAAAAAUGGCAUUGUACACUGUGCACUGAAAGGCUCGUAUCCUUUCAAACUGGAUAUGUCAUAUAACAAUCAUUAUUCUCUAGUAGUAGAUGGACCUCUGGACAGAGAGAGUGUUUCUCUGUAUAACAUCACAAUUACAGCUGCAGAUGAAGGAACUCCGCCUCUUUCCAGCAGCACUCUUAUAACUGUACAUAUCUCUGAUGUUAAUGACAAUGCUCCACAUUUCCCAGCUCCCGUUAUUAACGCUUUUCUUCGUGAGAAUGGUCAAGCUGGAGGUCUGUUAAACACAAUCGCAGUGUCUGAUAAAGAUGGAGGUAAAAAUGGCAUUGUACACUGUGCACUGAAAGGCUCGUAUCCUUUCAAACGUGUUCCUAUAACAACACUGAUAAAUAUAAACUCUUUGAGUGGAGAAAUAUUCAGCUUACAGUCAAUUGACCAUGAAGAAACGAGACGAUUUCAGUUUCAAGUUAUGGCAACAGAUUCUGGUGUUCCUCCUCUGAGCAGUAAUGCCACUGUAAAUGUGUUUAUUCUGGAUGAGAAUGACAACAGUCCGGUUAUUUUAAUGCCUUAUUCUGAACCUGGAUCAGUUAAUAGUGAGAACAUUCCCUACUCUGCUGAAGCGGGAUACUUUGUAGCCAAGAUCAGAGCUGUUGAUGCUGACUCUGGAUAUAACGCACUUCUGUCUUAUCAUCUAACUGAACCCAAAGGAACGAAUCUCUUCCGCAUUGGAAGCAGCACUGGAGAAAUAAAGACAAAGAGACGAAUGAGUGACAAUGACUUAAAAACUCACCCACUUCUUAUCACAGUGUCUGAUAAUGGAGAGCCAUCACUCUCAGCGACUAUGUCCAUGGAUGUUGUGGUUGUUGAGAGUCUGGAUGACAUAAAGACAUCAUUCAGAGAAGUUCCUGUUAAAGACGAGAGUUUUUCAGAUCUGAAUCUGUAUCUGCUCAUCGCUAUUGUCUCAGUCAUCUUUUUACUGAGUCUCGUGGGGUUGAUAGCAGUUAAGUGCUACAGGACAGACGGCAGUUUCAGCAGGUACAGCGCUCCAGUGAUCAGCACACAUCCAGACGGCAGCUGGUCCUUCUCUAAAUCCACACAACAGUACGAUGUGUGUUUCAGUUCAGACACAAUAAAGAGUGAUGUAGUCGUUUUCCCCUCGCCGUUUCCACCAGCAGACGCGGAGUUGAUCAGCAUUGAUGGAGAUGACACUUUUACGCGCAUGCAAACUCUUCCGACCACCGAGAAGGUAAAGAUAUUGCAUUUUAGUUAA